AUGACUAGCUAUUUAGAAGGACUUAUUAAAAAAGAAAUUUCAGGACUGCAUCUUAAUUUUAUUGAGUACAACAAAUUUACUGAAUGUCAAAAAGUUGAAAAAUUUAGCACUGUGCACAAGUCCUUAUUGGAAGAAUGCGAAUUGCCAGUUGUUCUUAAAUGUCCAGUGGAUGAUAGUUAUGACAGGGAACGAGAAUUUGUUAAUGAG